AUGAGUAUAAUGAUAACUUUCAAAUUAUCUAUCGUGAAUCACGGAUUCUACCAUCAACCGUUGACCAAAGUUUGUAGAACCGGAAUUGAGGAUGAAAAGAAAAGUAACAAGGAGUCAGAUAAUGAAGAAGAAGAAGAAGAAGAAGAAGAUGCGUAUAAAAGAAAAGACGAAUCAACAGCAGUAAGUGAACAACUUCACAACAACAAAGAGAUAUCUGAACUAAAGAAAUUAGAUAUGAAACAUCGACAAAUAAAUGGAAACGAAGAAGAAAAACUUGGAAAAGUCGUUCAGCAGCAAUUAGCUGAUGAUGGUCAUGCUAAAAAUACACAUUCAUCGGAUCAAACUUCAAAUAUUGAAUUACCAACCAGAAUUACAGAUACAAACGUAGUUCAAAAAAAUGAAAUCCAGGAUCAUUCACUAAAAGAAACCAACACAGUUACCGUGCAUGACAAUGAUAUGAAUCAUUAUUAUCCAUCAAUGAAUAACAAUCAUCAAGAUGAAAAUAAAACGGGCUUAGACAGUUCAACGAAACCUGUUUCAGUUAAAGAUGAACUACCAUUAAAAAGUACUGAUAUCCACGAUCCCAUUGUUCAUGAAAUUCAUCCUCGAAAGUUGUCAUUAGCAGAAGAUACUGAAUUAUUAUCGAAACUCAAUCAUGAAUUAGAAGAAUUUCAACAUGAUCCUAUCGUUCAUGAAACAACUUUUCAUCAUACAUCAUUAUCCUCAACACAUUGUCGAAUUGAAUUAUCUCGUAUGUACGAUGAUGAACGGAGUAAAUUUAUUGUCAGUGUGUUAAAAUUUGAAAAUGUUUGGAAUACAAAUAAAAAUAGUAUGAACGAUUUAGACAUCACUGCAAAAUUAUUAUCGAAUGAAAAUUAUAAGACCGAGCAAACAUCAAUGAUUGAAAGAUUGAAUUUGCCCGAAAAUCACACAUUUGAAUCUGUGAUAACGCACCAAAAUUUAAUAAAUAAAUCAUUAUCUUUGGAUAUCAAACAUAAGCCUGACAUCUUAACAAAUGAAAAACAAUUUGUAGGACAAGUCAUAGUAUCUUUGAGUGAUAUGAAACCAGGUGAAAAAUGUACACAAUGGCUUAAUUUACAACCUGAAGUAACCGCGAUUGAUAACGAAAAUGGAAGAGCGAUUUCUGCUACAAAAAUUUUUAAUGAUCCUAUCCAUGGUCACAUUGAACUCAAUCCCGUUCUUGUUAGAAUAAUUGAUACACCACAAUUUCAACGAUUAAGAAGAUUAAAACAACUUGGAGUAACAUAUUAUGUGUUUCCUGGUGCGUCUCACAAUCGAUUUGAACAUUCAAUUGGAUUCUCGCACAUGUUUGAAGAAGUACUCCAUGAAGUUCGUCCUGAAAGACAAUGGACACAUGAAAAAGCAUCAAUAGAGAUGUUUGACUAUAUGAUUGAGUCAAAUAAUUUAAAUUCAUAUUUUUAUUCAGUCGGUAUUGAUAACUUGGAUUUAUUAUUUAUUAAAGAACUUAUAUAUGGACCAUUGGACAAUGUACAUCAAUAUGAAAUCUGGCAGUAUAAAGGUCGUGAUAUCUCAAAAUCUUUUUUGUAUGAGAUUGUUUCAAAUAAGAGUACUGGUAUUGACGUGGACAAAUUUGAUUAUAUUGCACGAGAUUGUCAUCAUUUAGGAAAAUUAAAUCAAUUUGAUCAUACAAGAUUUAUGAAAUUUUAUCGUGUACUAAGCUUGGAUAACGGAAGUAAACAAUUGUGUAUGCGUGAGAAGGAAGUUAAAUCAUACUAUGAUAUUUAUCGUAUUCGAGAAGAAUUACAUCGCACGUGUUAUCAGCAUCCGGUUGUUAAUGCCAUUGGAUUAAUGCUAACCGAAGCAUUGAUGUCCGCUAGUGGUUGUUUAUUGUUCAGAAACUCAUUGGGAAAAUAUAUUAGUUUAUCUGAUGCAGUUGACGAUAUGGGUGUAUACAUUCAAUUGGAUGAUAAUAUUUUAACACUUAUUAAACAUUUAGAUGAUGAACAAUUAAAUCAUGCAAAAGAAAUAUUAGAUAAAGUUGAAAGAAGAGGCAUUUAUAGUUAUAUUGGUAAUUUUCAAAUAUCAAGUAAAAUAUUUCCAAACAAAAUAUUUCGAACCAAAAUUGAUCGUAAAAUUGCUUGUAAUGAAAUAUUUAAGGAAUGUGACUUUGGGAAUAUGAUAGGAAACAUAACAAGUGAUGAUUUAGUUAUCCAAGCUGUUGAGUUGACAUGUGGAAAUCAAGGACAAGAUCCACUUCAAAAUGUUUUUUGUUAUACAAAAGAAAAUUUAAAUAAAGCAACAAAAGUUUCAAGAGAUCAAGUGUCAACAUUAUUGCCAGAUAAAUUUCAUGAACAUGAUGUACGCCUUUAUUGUAAAAAUCGUGAUCGAAAAUUAUGUUCUGUGAUACGCUAUGCUUUCAAACAUUGGUGUGCGAAGAAAGGUUAUACGGUGCCAAAGGAAACAGUUGAGACAAAACCUGUGAUAUCACAAGAAAAAGGACAAAUACCUACAUCAUCAGCAACAAUAAAAGUCCAAGAUAAAGCUCCGCCGCCUUUACCAGUUCCUCUACCGGUGGCAUCAACUUCAACAUCGAACGAUAAUAAUCAACAGAAUGUCCAGAGUAGUCAAGUUCUUCGAGAAACCAGUCAAAAUAGCAAACGUUACAAACAAGAUAGUGUAAAUAGUGAUGGAAAGGAAGAAUUAAUAGUAGUACAAACAGAAACGGAAUGGAUUAAUUUAUCGAAAAAAUUUAUAUUAAAAAAUCGUAAUUUUAAUGUUCAAUAUGCACAUAUCUAUGCUGAACGUUUAUUAGUGAUGCUACCUUUAGUAAAAAAAGCAGCAGAAAAUCGAUGGGGAAAAGCUGUAGCAAUUAAAAAUAUGGCUGAUAUUCAAGUGGAUGAAGAAUGUAUAAUUAUUGGUACACUUUUUAAACAAAUGAUUUUAAAACCAAGCAUUGUUAAAGAACUUUCUGCAGAUAAUGGUUUCGUUCCACAACCAGCACGCACACGUUAUGUUGAUCCAAGCGAUAAACUGAUACUGGAAGAAGUAUCGCAACGAAUAACAUUAAGUGGAAAUAUAGAUACUAAUAUGCUCGUAACCGGUGUUGUCAUGGCUGCACGUGGUCAUGAAGAUGAAAAGGGAACAUUUAUUGUAAGUGAUUAUUGUUUCAAAGAUUUACCACCACAGGAUGUAUUAUUACUUCCAAAAGAAGAAAAAUUUGUUAUCUUUGUAUCGGGUUUCCAAUUAUCCGAAAAUUCAAUUAUUUUUGAUCAAAUGCAAACAUUUGUUCAGUCUUUCUCACCAUCUAAAUUAUCAUCGAACUGUGAUAAACAAGUUCAAAAAAUUUUAUCGAAUACAAUAAGAGUUCUUGUUGUGGGAAAUUUAGUUGAUAAUUCAACACGUUCAAAAGAAUUCACAAAUCAACCAAAAUAUAUAACAAGAAAGUUGGCUCCAAGCAGUAUAGAAGCAAUGCGUAGUGUGGAUGAACUUCUUGAACAAAUAGCGAUCAAUGUUGAUUUAGAUAUUGUACCAGGUCUUAAUGAUCCAAGUUGUCAUAUGUUACCACAACAACCUUUACAUCCGUCUAUGUUUCCCAGCUUGUCUUUAAAAAAAACGACACACUGUGUAACAAAUCCAUACGAGUUUCAAAUUGGACAUAUUAGAUUUCUGGGUACCAGUGGUCAAAAUGUUGAUGAUAUUGCUGUUCAAUCAUCAAUCGAUAGUCGUUUACAAAUACUUGAGAAUUGUUUAUCUUGGGGUGUCAUAGCUCCAACAUGUCCUGAUACAUUGAGUUGUUAUCCAUAUGUUGAUAAUGAUCCAUUCGUUAUUUUGAAUACACCAAACAUAUUUUUUGCUGGUAAUCAACCAAAAUUUGAGCAACGAAUGUUUGAAGAUGGGAAGACAAAAAUUCAAUUAAUUUGUAUUCCAGCAUUUGCCAAUAGUCUCACGUGUGUUGCAUUAAAUUUACGUACAAUGGAAUGUGUAGAAAUUUCAUUUGAAAACGAAACUCCAUCACUUGUUACUGUUCCUACUGAUGAUAGUAAUAUGGAUAUAGCUAGUUAA